AUGACUGUCAUCAAGACUAACUUCAAGGUAGACAGCGAUGGAUUUUUUGUCUCAUGGACAGAAAACAAGGAAGGGAUGUGCUUGGAUAUGUUUAUGAUCAAUGAAGCUAAAAAUGGCACGCUACCAAAGGAUCAGAGAGUCCGUGAUCUAAUUGAGAAGGAAUGUGGCCCCAACGUCUCUGAAGCAAGACUUUUAACAAUUGUUUACGGCUACUCGUUAGUAGAUAUGAAAGAGAUACGCUUAAUCGCUUCAGAUGCAAAAUCUCGUGAGAUUUGGAAAGGCGGAAUUAAUAAAAUCAUUCACGAUGUUAUUUCGAUGAACGCACCAUCUGAUCAUUUCAUAAAGCGAAGUUGGGUCAAAUUAUGCUGUACUGGAGAUGCAGAUGGUAAUAUUCAAGUUAAAAACAUCUACAAAUUAGUACCCAGUAAACUAGAAGAUAGGGUAGUAGACUCUUUAAAAGCCUUAAACUUGCCAAACAAAAAGAAUGCUGUUAUCGAUCCGUCGAAAUUUCCAUUUUCGACAUUUAUGUCUUUGUACAAUAAACUGUGCCCUCGGAAAGAUAUUGAAGAUAUCGUCAUGAAUAGAACUGGCGGCAAGGCACCUUACUUAUCAAUUGAACAGUUGAGGACAUUCCACAAUGAAGAACAACGCGAUCCUCGAUUAAACGAACUAUUAUAUCCAUUUAUGAAAGCACUGCAAUCUAAGGCUAUAAUAGACCAAUACGAGCCGUUAGAAGUUCUUAAAGGACGAGGCCUUAUAACACCGGAGGGCCUGCAAUAUUAUUUUUACAGUGCUGAUAGCUUGAUUGUACCAUUGGAAAAAUUACAACUUAAAGCUAAAGAUAUGGAUGAGCCUAUAGCGCAUUAUUUCAUUAACUCAUCACAUAACACUUAUUUAGUCGGGAAGCAGUUUGGAGGUAAAUCUGUUGUUGAUAUGUACAGAAACGUCCUUUUGGCUGGCUGUCGAUGCAUCGAACUCGAUUGCUGGGAUGGCAAAGGUCAGGAUGAGGAGCCAAUUAUCACACAUGGUAAAGCAAUGUGUUCAGAUAUCCUAUUUAAGGAUGUAAUUGAAGUUAUUAAGGAAGCCGCUUUUAUAGCAACUGAUUAUCCAGUCAUUUUAUCAUUCGAAAACCAUUGCAGUAUUAAACAGCAACGAAAGUUAGCGCAAUAUUGCCUAGAAAGUUUUGGUGACUUAUUACUGACCAAGCCUAUCGAUGGUUAUCCGACUGAACCAGGCAAAAGACUGCCACCUCCUAGUAAACUUAGAGGGAAGAUUUUGAUAAAGAACAAGAAACUAAUUAAAACCGAGCAAGAUACCGAAAAGGAAAACGCUGCAGCAUCAAAAGAUACAGCAAACUCUCCUACAAAGGAUUCGAAUGGUACCAUUACUACGAAUUCUCAAAACGGUAUCAAAUCUGAUUCAGCUGCCUCAGAUACCAAGAAAGAUGGUACUGAUGACGCAAAACCUAAAAUCAAUGGCUCAACAACCACCAAAACAACUAAAGGGGAUUCUUCUGAAGAUCCACCUGCUAAGAAAAAUCUCGAUCCAGACGUUGUUGCUGCUGUAGCAAAUUAUCGCUAUACAGGGUCGACUGGAAAUAUUGAUGAAUUACUAUCUUCGGUCGUGAUUUAUACCCAACCAGUACCUUUUCCAGGAUUUGAAGAAGCGAAACAGCGAAAUCUACAUUACAAUAUGUCUUCAUUUAACGAAUCAACCGGAUUUGGACACUUCAAAGCAUCACCAACUGACUAUGUUAACUAUAAUAAGAGACAACUGAGUAGAAUUUAUCCGAAAGGCAGUAGAGUUGAAUCAUCUAACUUUAUCCCGCAGAUUUUCUGGAAUGCUGGAUCACAGAUGGUGUCGUUGAACUUUCAGACUCCGGAUUUGGGAUUUCAACUUAAUCAAUGCAAAUUUGAGUAUAACGGGAUGUGUGGUUACCUGUUGAAACCAGAAUUUAUGCGCCGCGAUGAUAAACAAUUCGAUCCAUUCGCCGAAAAUCCAGUUGAUGGAAUUAUUGCUGCUGAUCUUGCCGUACAAGUUAUUUCUGGACAGUUUGUAUCUGAUCGUAAAGUUAAUACUUACGUAGAAGUUGAUAUGUAUGGCCUGCCGGUUGAUACCGUACGAAAGAAGUUCAAAACGAAAACAGUUUAUGGCAACAGUAUUAAUCCUUAUUACGACAGUGAAUCGUUUCGAUUUAGAAAGGUUAUCUUUCCAGAUCUUGCUCUAGUAAGAUUUACCGUCAACGAUGAAAAUGGUAAAAUGAUUGCACAAAGGGUAAUUCCAUUCAAUGCAAUCCAAGCAGGCUACCGCCAUGUAGUGUUACGUAAUGAAUGGUGUAAUCCUAUUGGAUUAGCGCAAUUAUUUUGCCACUUUAAGAUGAAAACUUAUGUCCCUGAAGGAUUAGACGAAAUGGUGGAGAUGUUAUCUCAGCCCUUGAAGUUUUUAUCAAUCCUUGAUGAACGUUCUAAGAAAAUGCAAGUUUAUGACGUGGAUGAGGAUGAAGAUGUAAGUGCAGUUGUUGACGAAACAAUAGAAAAAGCUCCCUCGAAGGAUGAUAGUAAACCACAAACGCCGGCUAAGCCGAAUGCUAAAGCAACUCCUAAAAAAAGUGAUUCUGGAUCAUCAAGCUCCAAUGACAGUUCUUCAAAUGAGAGUAAGGCUCAAAUGGUUCGCCAGACCUCAGCAGUUGGUGGUAUGUUAGAUCGAGAACCAAUUAAGCCGGUUGACAUAGAUGAAUUACUAAAAUCUAAGGCUUUCUCUAAAUUUUUCAAAAAGCAUCAAAAAGAAUACCAUCUCGUCCAUAAAAAACACGACAAAGAAAGAUUUUCUGCAAUUAGCCAAAAUCUGAAGCAAGUUAAUGAUUUAUCAAUGGAAACUUUCGGUAAGAAAUCUUUUAUUGAAAACAAGACUAAAGAGAAAAAAUCUAGGCAGAAAACGGGAAAUCCUGAAGCAGAUUUGAAAAGUAAAUAUAUUGCUCGAGUUAAAUCACUUAAGGGAUCUCCUUCGAAAGACAAGAUAAAUGCAUUGGUUACGAAGCACAUCAGUGAAUCAACAGAUAUUGCUAAGCGCCAUGAAGAGGAUUUACAGAAAUUUAAAAAUAAAGCUUCAGGCAUUAUUUGGGAUCAAAUUAAAUCGCUUAUAAUAAAUGCUUUUGGUGAUCAAAUAAAAAAUUUAGAAGAACAACAAAAGCGAGACUUUGCGGAAUUAAGAAAAGGUCAAGCGAAGCGAUCUAUGGAUGAUACCAAAAAAAUUGUGAUUGAUCGAUCAGAGAACACGGACAAAGAAGAUAGAACUAGGCGCCAUCGUGAGCUCAGUCAAUACAAUGUUAAACAGUUCAUGGAGGAAAGGAAAAAGUUAUGCGGCAGGCAUGAUCGUGAAAAGAAGCAAUUGGAAAAGAAACAAGAAGAAGAGAUGCGAUCUUUCGAGAGUCGAAAAGAUGAAGUAAAUGCAAAUCAAAUAUUGUACCUUAAUAUUAACAGAUGA